AUGUCCAACCUGCAUGAUUUUUUGGUGGAACAUGCGAUGUUCCCAUUCCCUCAACCCAACGAAGGCACAUCUGCCGACGCCACUGACAUAUCUCUAGUUGAAGUCCCAUUGCUCGAGAGGGAAUGGAAAGCCAACCAUGUUGUGCGAGACCAUACCCUUGUUCAGAAACUUUGCAGUACUCUGGAGAACAUCCUUGGAGAUACCACUUUAGGAGCGGAUGCCGAAAAUGACCUCUUAUCGCGGUUUUCACCUAAGAUACAGUUCAAUAGGCAUGGUCAAGAAAAACCAGAUUGGACUGGGAAUGCAAGUGAAAGCCACAGUUGGGUUUUGUUCGCCAAAGGCGUACUCGAAGCUUUAGGCGACUGCUUGUGUGAAUAUGGUGGGUACAACCUCCUGACAGAAACAGAGCAAGUUGCGUUCAGAGGGAGCUCCAGGAUUGACUACGUUUUGAGUGUGGAUGGCAAGGACGGGGGUCUCCUUCAGGUGAAAUCCCCAUCGGUGAUGAAUAAUGUUCGCGGGCUGUUACCGCAGAAUGGUAUCGAGCUGACGUGGGCUCGUGGUCAGACGCUGGCGCCGAAGGUGCUUACAAAGGCUGCAUUGAUUCUGGGUUUAAGACAGAUGGAAUGGCUGUUUAUUACCUGCCAUAAUUACUGGGUUGUGUGCCGCCUUGUGAGGGACGAUCACCACCCUUUCCUUGCCUACUCGCCAAUGAUCAGUAUCGAUCACUCGUCAGUGCCCUUUCGAGCACUCCUUGGCGCCAUCAUGUCCGUCGUCAGGAAUGUUCCUGUCGAGCCUAAUGAAUUCAAUCCCAAUAUGGAACUCGAUACUCUUUUUGAACAACAAGACGAGGGUCCUUCACCGACAGAUGACAUCGACGAUGGUUCACCGAAUUCAGCUAGUUCAGGGGAAGAAAUAGCGAAUGAUUCUUCGAAUACCCGUAAUACUCACCGCACUGGCCAUAGGACGGCUGAGUCCCGGCUAAUGAUCACCUCGUCUUCUCAACAUUCCCCUGAAUUCUCCCAAGUUUGGAUACAUCUCCGCCCCUUCUCGAACAAUACACUCCCCCUUCCGCAGUGCGCCAAGAUUGGGAACCGGCGCCUGUGGUUGACCUGCUUUGUAGGGUCUGGGUCAACUGGCAAUGUCUGGAAGUGUCGCUUCGAUGGCAGCGGUGACUUUUUUGCCGUCAAGGUUGUCGAGGUGCUACGCCCUGCUGACGCGGACAAGCGACAACGGCUCCGUGAUGAGUUUAACAUCUACCUUGCCUUGGAGCAGGCAUAUCAAUCUCGUCAACUACAUCAUCGUAUCGCUCCUCGGUGCUAUGGUGCAUUCGAAGGCAACGGCGUGGCCGUUCUCGUUCUUGAUUUGUGUGACGGCGUUCUUAAUGAAUGGGGUGCGCUUAGCGAUUCUGAGCGGUCUCAAGUGUAUAAGUUGGCGCGGGACCUUCAUCGUCUUGGGAUAAGUCAUGGAGACCUCGAGCCCCAGAACAUUGCGCGCACUCGUGAAGGAGGGUUCUGCCUUAUUGACUUUUCGGAGGGCGGGAGGCACACUUGCAAGGGGAGCAAGGUACAUGGCCACUUCACUCAUUUGAUUGAUAUCAGGCAGCCUCAUCUCAAAAACAGAUGUGUGAUGAACUGCGAGGAUUGCGAAGCUGCUUGUGGAACGAAAGUCCGUCCGAGAUGUAGACACUAG